CGAGGGGGCUAGCAGCCUGUUAUGGAAGAAGAAGGAGCACAACCGAGGGGCUCCCUGACUCGGACUAGUUCUGAUUCUGAGGCGUGAUUUGGAUAGAUAACGCUACAAAACCGGAAGUCUGGGUGAACGUCUUCCUGGCGGAAAACAAAAACAGCACAGAGGAAAGCAGCCUCGGUUAUAAGUACAACAUGUAUCCAAAGGCUGCGAGGCGUCCGAGAGUUACCCGCCGCCGUCGAGCUUAGCUCCCCGGCUGCAGACCGACAGCGGCGGAGGAUCUUUGUUCGAGAAACCCGGGGUUUCCACUCUGCUUUGACCGACGUGACAGCUCUACCCUCGGUUAGUAUCGACCACCCACCGAGGGCACACUGUCUUAUGGACUCCUUACGGUAGUUUUUUUUUGCUUUUUUUCGGUCCCUUGCUGACGGACGCGGCAGUCAGUCAUGUUUUCCGUGCGGAUCGUCACCGCAGACUUCUAUCUGGCAAGUCCCGUCAAAGACCUGGACGUGUGCUACUCUGAAUUCAGGGAGAGCGACGUGAAGAAAGUACCGGUGGUGCGGAUAUUUGGAGCAACACCCGCAGGUCAGAAAACAUGUCUCCACCUCCACGGCGUCUUCCCUUAUAUCUACAUCCCAUACGAUGGCUACAGCCAGCAGCCAGAGCGCUACCUGCGGCAGGUGGCCUUCAGCAUCGACAGAGCCCUUAAUGUUGCCAUGGGAAACCCCGCCUCUAAUGCCCAGCACGUUUUCAAGGUGGUGCUUGUCUCUGGCAUGCCGUUCUAUGGCUACCACGCCAAGGAGAAGCACUUUAUGAAGAUCUAUAUGUACAAUCCUCAGAUGGUCAAAAGGGUGUGUGAGCUGUUACAAAGUGGAGCAGUGAUGAACAAGAGCUACCAGCCCCACGAGGGCCACAUCCCUUACCUGCUGCAGCUCUUCAUAGACUACAACCUGUACGGCAUGAACCUGCUCAACCUGGGCGCCGUCAAGUUCCGCAGGAGCCAGAAAAAAGAAGACGCUGCUGCAGCGAGCCCAGACAAACAGACUCCCAGCAUCAGCCCCUGGAAGAGCCCCUGCACCUCCAAACUCAAUGACAGCACCCUGGGGGGCACGUUUGUCCGCUGGGAGGAGAACGCCAUACCCUGCUCUCUGGUCCUGGACGAGGUGGAGAAGCAGAGCACGUGUGAGCUGGAGGUCGAUGCUGUGGCUGUGGACGUCCUCAACCGGCUGGAAAUCGAAAAUCAAAUCGGCAGGAACCCCGGCCUGCAGGCCAUCUGGGAGGACGAGAAGCAGAGGAGGAGAGAGAAGAACCAUGCGUCCCAGAUAGAAACCCCAGAGUCACAAGAUCGAGGGAGUGUCACUUCAACCGAGAGCGAGCAAAUCUUCAUGAGGAGAUUCAAGGAGAUUCUGAAGGAGAACGAGUUUGACGUGACUCAGAGUUUGUCUGUUGGUGAUGGAGAUGAUCAGGAGGACUUCCCUGGCGAUCUUAGUCUUCAUUCUGACCUCCUGACCUCUGAGGAACUGCCGUGCACGCUGGCUAAUGCUGUGGAGGUGCACAGGGAUUGGCAGCCAGAAUCUUCCAUCAGGAGCAGUGGAAAGAUCCCAGAGGAGGCCGUCGUGGAUGAGGAGGCCAUCUUGAGUCUCCUGGAGAACAGUCAGACCUUCCUCCCUCUGUCCCAGACAUCCAACCACUCCACACUGUUAGACAGCAGCCAAGACCACGCCAUCAUUGACCUGCUGGCUGGCCUGGAGGACGACGGUUUCCGCAGGACCCCCGUCAGGCAGAACUCACAGUCUCAGUCACUUACUGGCGCUCGGAGCUACAACUGCAACAGUGACGAGGAAGAGGCGGAGCCAGAGCUGGAGAGGGAGGAGGCCGAGCUCAGUGUGAUGAUGUCACAGCGGUGGGACAAAGAGCCUACGGAGAGCUCAUCCUCACAGAGACUCGGUGUGAAGGAGCCAGAGGAAGGCUUCAGUGACGAGCAGCAGGAGUCCUCUGACGAAGACAUGGACUGGAGCGGGAAUAACUCUCUGUUCGCCAACCUGUCCAUCCCGCAGCUUGACGGCGCUGCAGACGAGAGCAGCGAUUCAUCUUUAACAGACAGCGGCUCCAGGUCACAAUCAUCUCUCGUAGUCACAGAAAAGAUGCUCGGGAAGAGAAACCCCUUCCCCGGGGAGACAGUCCACCUGGAGCCACCUUCCUCAGCGAAGAUCCUUCUGGAGUGCAAGCACCCUGAACACAGACCUGGUCACGUGCUGGACACGGAGCAACCACUUGACAAGCACUUUCAAUCAAAGAGCAUCCAGGACAGCAGCAGUGAAUGUUCAACAGGGUUUAGGGUCAAUAAAGAAAUCCCCUACAUCCCGCCAGUCAAACACCCCAUCCCCUGCAAGAUAGCCGGUCAUCCUGAAGCGUCUCCCAUCUGCGUAGACCAAGAGGACAUACGACCCCUGUACACCUUUGACAAGCAAACCUCCAUAGCUUUGGAAAAGACAGAUCUAGAAAGUUUCACAUUUGGUAACGGAAAUGUCACCAAAAACAGGAAGAAGUACGGCAGCAUGAAGAAUGUAGAAAAGAACUGUUUGUCCAUCCUGCAGAACCACAGGACGUUCUCCCUCUGUUACUCCGAGCUGAGAAACUGCUCAGCAAAGACCGAGCUGGAACUGAGCCAGAAGGACCGAAAGAGCCCCAUCCUGAUGAACAUCUCCUCCUCCCCGUCGCCCAUAGAGGACGAGGAUGAGUUCCUCGACCCCCGGGAGGAAGAAAUGGACCAGGACAGCGAGGAGGGAGAUGUUGGUGAACUCAAAAUCAGGUAUGAGGACUAUCAGGAAAACAAGACGGAGAGGACAAUAGGAGCCCAGCAGGAAGCACACUACAAGUUCUUCCCCAGCGUCAUCCUCUCGAACUGCCUCACUAGGAAGAAAGCUGGGGGCAAAAAGCUGGCGGAGCCCUGCAGCGAGCUGGAACAGGCUCAACCACGCAGGCAGAGGAUGAAAUUGAAUAAAAAAAGGUUGGGACUGGUAGGGUUGAGGACUAAAGUAAACACAGGUGUUGUAAGCUCUACCUCUGAGAGCCAGGUUAGUACUGGCCUCGCCUCAAAAACAUCUGCCUGUCCAGAGACUCCAGACACAGAGAUGCCUGAUGUGGGGGUUCAGCCAGGAAUCGAGGCUGAGCCUAUUAAGAAUGGGCCAACGAUGGAGGUGGAGUUGUUGAUUGCAAAGCAGGAGACAGAACAAGAAGAGGGAUCUGUAAUGGAGCAGACCGACUCCCAGUCAGAACCCCCGACCACCACUGCUCCCAGUGUUUCUGAGGAACCUAAAGAGGAGACGCUAAGCCCCUUGCAAGAUCUGUCUGCCAAAGUCACCUGUACAAAGCCUUCUUCCCUGCCCGGGAGUAAAUACACCCUGAGGACCAAACGGAAGAUGCUCUUCGACGGUGAGGAUGGAGAACACUCAGCUGCCACUCGCUCUAAACACCCGGCCUCCAAAGAACAACUCAAGGACUCCGAUGUCUCCGAUGUCUCCGGUGGGCAGGAGGUCAAAUACCAGAAACGGCGCAAGAAGGAGCCGCCGAUCAUCAUCAAGUAUAUCAUCAUCAACAGGUUCAAAGGGCAGAAAAACAUGCUGGUGAAGAUGUCCAAGUUGAAUGUAGAGGAGCAGGUGGUCUUGUUGACGCCAGACAAGCUGGAGCAGUACAGUAAAUUUGCCCCUCUGAAGGAUUUCUGGCCCAAGGUGCCAGAAUCCACGGCUGUGAAGUUUCCCAUCGCAGAGCCGAAGGUCAAGAAACACCCCAAAAGAAAGGGAAAGGUUAACUCCACCAAUAAGAAAACGGUCGGAAAACCGUACACACCUCAGGUCAGACAGCGAGAACGAGUCAAAAAGAUCAGAGGCUGUCAGAGAGGCCCAGUUCUACCCUCUCUACCGCCUCCUCGGCCAUGUUACUGUGAGCUAGCAGAUGACCAUGGCGUUGAGUACACUGAUGUCAUGGUAGAGUUGGGUUACCUCUCUGAUAGAUCCCAAAGCCCGAUAGAUUCAACCCCACCUCGAUGUUGGUCCCCAAGCGACCCUCUCAUGGAACCCGGCAGUUCAGAUCAACUGAUCGACCCGCUCAGUGAUCCAUGUCUCAGUUCUGCUUUUCACACACAAGGCCCGGUGUCUCCGACCAAAGGAGCACGAAGGAGGCAUCAAACUGCCAAACCUAAGAAAGUCACAGACACUAAAAGGAAGGUAAUCAAGACUGCCCCCAAUCCCCCGGGGGAAGAGGAACCCAAAAAGGGAAAGCCGAGGCGAAGUAGAGCUGCUCCCAGGCAGAACAAGAAAACUAAAGAUGUAGCCGAAGUUUCUGUCAACCAUUGUUCAACCACUACAAGACCAAGAAAGCCUCGCAAAAAGAAAUGUGAGGAACCAAAGGGCCAUGAUUCAAGUAAAGAUGGCUCCCAGCUUCUGUUUCCAGGGGACGACGUGCCUCUGUCUGAGAGUUCCUCUCAAGAGCUCCCUCCAUUUCAACAGCCGGGGGGCACAGAAAGCAAAAGCAGGGACAGUUCCCAGACGGCUCCUUUAUCAGACUCUAACCCUGCAGCCCAGUCUGUAGUACCAAAGGUUGAGGACUGUGAGACCUCCAUCAUGGAGGUCAACCAGAGCCAUUCAGAACCAGCCAAGCUCAAGCAGAAAGGUUGCCAGACCACUGUUGUGAAAUCAGAGGCUUCACAGGAGUGCACGGCUCCUCUGUCUCCUCCCGCUGGUCGUUUAUUACUGGAUGGUAGUAAACUAGCAUUAGCAUCCCCACACUCAGGUCCUAAGAACGGGGAGAUCCCCACCCUCUCUGAGACCCCCUCUGGCUUGGCCGUCCUCAAGCAGCUUCUCCAGAGGAGGCAGCAGGGUCAGGCCCUUCCUCUUCAGGUGGUGGGUACAACCAGCCGCUCCACUGCCCUUGCUCAGGCCACAGCUCUUCUAGAUCCAGCAGCUAAAGCGACAAAAUCCAGAAGAGCUCCCUCCACCACUCCUCGGAAACCCCGGGCCCCAAAAUCCACCACUCCCAAGGAUAAAAAGCCAAGAAUCCGGAAAGGCAAGGUGAGCAACUCCCAGCCCAAUGCGUCGGUGAAGCAGGAAGACAAUGUGUCUGAUGACUGCCCCGUCUUCCUGUCAGAGCCGGGCAUGGACAGCUGCACCUUCAUAGAGGACAGCUUGUCCCCAGAGCUCCCCCAUAACUACAACUUUGAUAUCAAUGCCAUCGAUCAGACAGAGUUCUCCGCCCCCUACAGCGGCAGUCAGUUUGUCCUGACUGAUAAACAUUUACCUGCAAAGUUCUUGAGCGAUGUCAGCCAGGAUGCCAUAUCGGCUCAGGCUCUGGGCGUAGAGAAGAAGCUCUUAGGUUCUGAGGGAGCUAAGAAGAGACUCGGACUCCACCAAACCUCGGCCCGUCACCCCGACCUCUUUGACAGACCUGAGAACGGCGAGUCCGUCCCCAAUCACCUCACAUUCCUCGACUCAGACAAGAUAAAAAGUAGAGAGUGGGACUUCUCUUUAGGUAAAGCCCACACACUCAGCCCCUUUCAAGACUUCCACUGUGAGAGAAAAGAGCUGCUCUUUUCCGUCUUCGACCCCGUCCUGCCUUUGCCUUUGAGCUCCGCCUCAUUCGUCGACCAUGACGGCUCUCCCACAGGGGAGCUUCUGGAGAGCAUCGACGGACUGACGUCUACCACGCCCAGUAGCUCUCCACGCUCCAUCAGCUCUUUAUCCCAGGUGAGAGCCAGUCAGCUGCUGCGGGGGGCAGGAGGCGGAGCCCACAUUCUCAAACCCCUCAUGUCCCCUCCAAGCCGGGAGGAGAUCCUCAGCACCUUACUCGACCUUGAGAUGUCAGAGGCCACCUUCCAGGAGCCGUUCUGCAGCGACCCCUCUGAUGCACCAGGGAAACCAAUGGAGGUUGGCGGCCGCAAGCUCACUGUGAACACCAGGCUGGCUAAGGAGCUGGCAGAGUUCAGUGGAGACCUGUCUCUAGAAGGCCUCCAUUUCUGGAAGACGGCCUUCUCAGCCAUGACACACCCGGCCGCCGCUAUUAACUCAUCUUCACAAGCUCGGGGGGCCGAGGCCUCGGAGGCGAGACGAGAGCAGACGGAGCCAAGCUCGUCCUCUGGCGGCGACAAGAAGGUCAUCCUCCUGCCCUGCAAAAACCCACCCAGCCGAGAGCGAGUCAACCUGUGGCUGGAAGCGAGGAGGCAGUAUGAAAGUUUACGGAAAGGGAGACGAGACGCAGAUCUGCAGAAGAAAGGGCUGGAUGAGGAGGGACACCAGGAGAGAACGGAGCCCCCCACGGUGAAGCUGGAGCUGUGCGAGAGACUCUCCAGCGUCAGGACCCAAAGGAGGAAGAAGCGUAACCUGUCCUUAAUCAUAUCUCCCCUGAGGAACACAGACUCUCAGUGUACGUCCACAGAGGUGAGUCCGGUUUCUGAAGACGCUGGAGCAGAGAUUGAGCAGGAAGUUGGAGAAAAAGAUGACGAUAAUAAAGCCACCUCACCAGAGUCCCCCGAGCUGCCUCCCUGGCAGCAGUCCUGUCAGCCCAGCCCCUCAGGACCAGACCAGCCCGGCAACAACAAGCAGAACUCUCCAGAACCACAGUCACCUCAGAUUUCUAACUCUGCAGAGAGACAGGGGGAGAAUCUCAGUCCCUCACUCAUCCAUGUCAGUAACAAGGACGAGGGGAGGACCAGUCCCCUCCCUCUUCACAGCACCCCAUUUUUAAGAAGAAGGCGGAGAAGCAAGGAAGAUCUGGAGCCGGUGUGCAGCACGCCCAUAUCUGAGGAGAAUCCCAUUUCUCAGAGACUCCAGCAGAGGAGGAGGAGCCAAGCGGACCCACUGAGAAGAGUGUUACUGGACACACAGAUGAAGAACCAGUUUGCUGCUUUGAACGUGCCAAAGAAAGAUACUUCUCAGAUCGAAGGACCCAGCAUAGCCAACUCUUACGGCUUCAGAGUCAGCAUGCAGAACCUGCAGGAGGCCAAAGCUCUGCACGAGGUCCAGCACCUAACACUCAUGGGCAUGGAGCUCCAUGCAAGAACCAGACGUGACCUCGAGGCCGACCCUGAGUUUGACCCCAUAUGUGCCUUAUUCUACUGCCUCAGUUCAGAUGCUCCGCUGCCCGACGAGGACAGCACCCAGCUGACCGGGGCCAUCGUGGUGGAGAAAGACCAUCAGAGCCGUAACCAAGGUCACAGAGGAACAGCGCCCCUGCUGGUCAGGUCAGGUGUCUCAGGGCUGCAGGUGACGUACGCCACAGAUGAGAAGGCGCUUUUUCAGGAGCUGAUCGCCAUCAUGAGGAGGUUCGACCCGGACAUCUUGGUGGGGUACGAGGUCCAGAUGCACUCCUGGUCUUACCUCCUCCAACGGGCCUCGGCGCUCGGAGUGAAUCUGUGUCAGCAGCUGUCGCGAGUGCCAGGUAACUCCAAAGAGAACCGCUUCAGCGCAGACAGGGACGAGUACGGAGCCGACACCAUGACUGAGAUCAGCAUCAUUGGGCGCAUCACCCUCAACCUGUGGAGGGUGAUGAAAACUGAGGUGACGUUGAACAACUACAGCUUUGAGAACGUCGCCUUCCAUGUGCUCCACCAGCGCUUCCCCAUGUACAGCCCUCGCACUCUGUCUGACUGGUUCGACCACAACACCGACCUCUACAGGUGGAAGAUGGUGGACCACUACGUGAGCCGUGUGCGUGGCACCAUGCAGCUCCUUCAGCAGCAUGACAUCAUCGGCAGGACCAGCGAGCUGGCCCGAGUGUUCGGGAUUCAGUUCUUCCACGUUCUGACCCGAGGAUCACAGUACCGUGUCGAGUCCAUGAUGCUCCGUGUGGCCAAGCCGCUGAACUACAUCCCUGUGACACCCAGCGUCCAGCAGCGAGCUCAGGCAAGGGCGCCGCAGUGCAUUCCCCUGGUGAUGGAGCCCGAGUCUCGCUUCUACAGCAACUCGGUGAUCGUGCUGGACUUUCAGUCGCUGUACCCCUCCAUCGUCAUCGCUUACAACUACUGCUACUCCACCUGCCUGGGCCACGUGGAGAGCCAGGGAACGCCUGAUGAGUUCCGGUUCGGCUGCACCUCCCUGCGGGUUCCUCCCGAGCUCCUCUACCAACUCCGCAAUGACAUCACCGUGUCACCCAACGGUGUCGCCUUCGUCAAGUCCUCAGUGCGUAAAGGAGUCCUGCCCUGCAUGCUGGAGGAGAUCCUGAACACGAGGAUCAUGGUGAAGCAGUCGAUGAAAACCUACAAGCAGGACAAAGCCCUGAUGAGGCUGCUGGACGCCCGGCAGCUCGGCCUCAAGCUCAUCGCCAACGUCACCUUCGGCUACACCGCCGCCAACUACUCUGGACGCAUGCCCAGCGUGGAGGUCGGAGACAGCAUCGUCCACAAAGCCAGAGAGACCCUGGAGAGAGCCAUCAAGCUGGUCAACGACACCAAGAAAUGGGGAGCGCGUGUUGUUUAUGGAGACACAGACAGCAUGUUUGUUUUGCUGAAGGGAGCCACCAAAGAGCAGGCAUUCAAGAUCGGCAACGAGAUCGCAGAGGCGGUGACGGCGACCAACCCCAAACCUGUCAAGCUCAAGUUUGAGAAGGUGUACCUGCCCUGCGUGCUGCAGACAAAGAAGCGCUACGUAGGCUACAUGUACGAGACUCUUGACCAGAAGGAGCCGGUGUUUGAUGCCAAAGGGAUCGAGACGGUGCGGCGCGACGGCUGCCCUGCUGUUUCCAAGAUCCUGGAGCGCUCCAUCAAGCUGCUGUUUGAGACGCGGGACAUCAGCCAGGUCAAGCAGUUCGUGCAGCGUCAGUGUGUGAAGGUUCUGGACGGCCGGGCCAGCAUGCAGGACCUGACCUUUGCCAAGGAGUACCGGGGCAGCGGCUCGUAUCGACCUGGAGCCUGCGUGCCUGCCCUUGAGCUCACCAGGCGUAUGAUGGCAUACGACCGUCGUCUGGAGCCACGGGUGGGCGAGCGGGUGCCCUACGUGGUGGUGUAUGGGCUGCCGGGCGUGCCCCUCAUCCAGCUGGUGCGGCGGCCCAUGGAGGUGCUCCAGGACCCGGGCCUCCGCCUCAACGCCACAUACUACAUCACCAAGCAGAUCCUGCCGCCGCUGGCCCGCAUGUUCCAGCUGAUCGGCGUGGACGUGUUCAGCUGGUACCAGGAGCUGCCCAGGGUCCAGAAGGCGUCCUGCUCCUCUGCCGUGGGGGGAGAGGAGGCAGGGAGGAAGGGAACCAUCUCGCAGUACUUCACCACGCUUCACUGCCCCGUGUGUGACGAGCUGACCCAGCUGGGCGUGUGCUCGCGGUGCCGUGCUGAGCCUCAGCGAGUCGCUGUCACGCUCUACCAGGACAUGAGACAGUGGGAGAGUCAGCAGGAGCAGCUGCUGAAGAUCUGCAGGAACUGCAGCGGCUGUGCAGAGCGUCAGGUUCCCUGCGUGUCUCUCGACUGUCCCGUCCUCUACAAGUUGUCCCGGGUCAACAGACAGCUCUGCAAGGCGCCCUACCUCCGACAGCUGCUGGAGCAGUUCUGAUUGGCUCCUGAACUCUGGAGCUCUCCUGAUUUGGUGCUAAUGUCUGCCCCGACCCCCCUGACCCCUCUUUACACCCUGUGUUUCAUCGUCCACUUGGUUGUAAAUGUCUGAAAUGGUGCUUUGAUUGAACCCUCAUUCUGUCUGCUAAAUGUUGUUUGUUAUUCAGUAUUUCUCCUCCUGUGGGGGGAGUUGUGCCCCCCGUCCUCCCCCCCUCCUCUCCUCCUCCUCACUCCUCCUGGGGCGUGUGUUUGUCCUCAUGCUUGUUCGCUGCCAUCUCAUUGAGCUGUUUUUGGCUGAGUGAAGCUGACGUUUGCAGUGAGGCAGCGACAGACUCGUUGAACAGUUUGAAGUCAUCGUCUUUUGAGGAGCUUCUUCAAGACAAACAAUCAAAACCACUAAUUGACUUUUCACCAGUUUUAUAUCCACUGCGGUCUCUCUCUCUUUGUAAAUAAUCUUGUAUAGCUCCAUCCAUCCUCUCACUGUGCAUCAUCAGUGUUUAAACAAACUAACGCAGUCAGAUCUAUGUUUCUCCUCCUGCAGAUUUGACACAGCGCUCUUAUCGAGUGUUCGUACUGGAAACCAUUUCAGUUUUUAAAAACAUCUGGGACUGUUGCAAUACUGUAUUUUGAUAAUUUAUAUCAUGAAGUCUUUUAUUUCUUUGUGCUUCUAUGGGUUUGUGUUUGUUUCCAAUUUUCUGUGCAAACAAAAAAAAAAAAAAAAAGGACGCGUCAUCAGAGGCGACCUUCAGUCCCCCCCCCUCACAGCCGCACACAGAGCCGGUGUGUUUGUAUAAAUGUAAAGAUAAUAAAGAUGAAGGCGGUGCUUUUGGUUUGUUUUUAAUGAACAUUGCUGUGGGUGGAGGUUUCAGAUUGAUAUAAUAAAAAGUCAAUGUAUUAAAACGUC